CCGAUCAUUUAUUCCAUCUUCAUCCACCGUUGGAUGCCCGGCGGGGGUGUGUUACCCUGUUCUCAGAACUCCCAAAGAGGGGAAACGCUUAUCGAUUGAUCUGAUAAGAGGACAAUUUAAAGGCCGGUUGCAGAGCUUGCGCCAAAACAGAGCAAUGCAAAGGAGACAGAGUGUGCAGGAUUAAUCUCAGAACGAGACAGCCUAUAGCCGCCGCGGAUUAAAGUCGAUAAUGCUCCUCUUACUCUUUGUCACUGUUUGUGGAAGCGGCGUCGGCGUGCAGAGCCUCCCGUUGCCCGACUCUGGCCCGCAUUUGGCAAACGACUGGGGAGAAGCAGUCCGGCUCCGACACCUGUACGCAGCCAGACACGGUUUACACCUGCAAGUGCACACAGACGGGGACGUAAGCGGAUCGCACACGCAAAGCUCGGACAGUUUGGUCGAGAUACGACCGGUGGACACGGGCUGUGUUGCCAUUAAAGGCGUUGCAAGCUCCCGAUUUCUCUGCAUGGACAGAAUGGGAAAACUGUACGGAUCGCACACUUACACUAAGGAGGACUGCUCUUUUUUGGAACGCAUCAUGCCAGAUGGCUACAGCAUCUACAUCUCCAGCAAACACGGAGCCCUCGUGAAUUUGGGCGGAGCAAAAAGCAAGUUGAACAGCAACGACGCGAACGCCGCGUCCCAGUUCCUGCCCAUGGUCAACACGCUUUCUCAGGGACCUACCAACCGCCUUUCCGGGGAGCAGCGCUUUUCCGUCGACCCCGAACAGGACCAUAAGUUGGGCCUUGAAAUAGACAGCGCGGACCCUUUUGGAAAGAUCUCCCAAAUCGUCAUCCAGAGUCCUAGUUUCAACAAAAGAUGAGACGCGAACAAUCGCUUGUGGAUGUUUUGGGGAAACCACCCAGAGGUCAAGAAACAGAAGACUGUAUGAAAUCAGUCCCGCUAUGAACCAAAGCCCAGGGGCAAACUUUUAGAAAAAGAAAAAGCUCAGUGAAAGCGAACUGCACACUGGACACAGUCACCGGACAGAUGCUGUGUUAAAGGCCGAAAACUACAACAAAAGCACUCCAAAAUGUCGAAGAUGUUGUAUAGAUUGUGGUGCAUCACCUGCAGCUUGAAUUUAUUUAUUUUUCCACGUGUCUGUGAUGACCCUGCUCAGUAAUUAUUCUUUAAAACGUUCAGUAUUUACCACAGCCUAAUCUAGAAUGCACUGUAAGAACAUUUUGUUUACCUUUUUUUUGUAUUUCCUAAAUAUACAGCUAUUCUGAAAGAGGACGUGAUGGGCGAAUUGCUUUGGAAAUUGAAUAAAUGAUACACUAAAUGGGAUUAAAUAGUUUUUUUAGAUGCCUGUGGUCAAAAUGUACAGCAAGCCGCAACUUGUAAGACGGCUAUUCAUCUUUCAUCAAACAAAAACAGACAAGAUAUGUUAUUAUCGAUAUCGUUGGCUGCAUGCUAGAUCUGCGCGCUUGAAAAACAGCAGAUCACACAGAGUGUCCUUGCAUGAUACCCUUGAAAAACGUUUGCAAUACUGACGAAAAAGUUUUUGUAAAAAUGUGGCUCCCUCUACUGGCAUAGCAUUUAGUUGCAUUUUGCGAGAUAACGCUGUUACAUGUAAUAUACUCUACGGAGCCUCAUUCAAGCUCAAGCAAGGAAAAUAUGUUUUAGAAAUGAAUUUUUCUUUAGUACAGUACACAUACCUAAAGAAAUUAUUUUUCUCAAAUUAAAAUGGAAGACUAAGAGCAACGCCAGUUUACAAAUCCCUCAUUUUUGCGGUAGAUUUAGUUCAGUAUACUGGCGUAUUAUACUGUUACUGUUGUAUUCAAAUGUUAUAAUGUAAAUAUAAUAUGUGUAAGUUUUGAAGGCUUAAUGCUCUAAUCAUUUCCAAGGUGCUGGUAAAUAUGUGUCUCGUAAUUGGUGCAGUCCACAUAUUUUAAGUGUUAAGGCACCACCUUACUGCCUCUUUUCUAGAGCCAGCUAGCAUGCUAGCAUGUCCCAAAAACACUCAUUUUUUUUAAAAAAGGUUUUGUUUUCAGACAAGAAUAGCUAUUAUUCGCAAUAAAUGAGGAGUGAGCAAAUUCAAAUAUUACCUGUUGAAUUACGACAACUGAAAUAGGCACCUGAAUUCGGUCCUAAAGCUAAAGCUAAAACGAAGGUAAAUGAAACGUGUAAAUGAAACUGCCUUGCAAUUCAAGAUAAAGUUUUUUUUUUUUUUUAAUAUAAUUUCAGUUUGGUGUACUUGCUUUAUUUUAAACGAGCAUAAACAUGAAAAAGUAGUUUGGUUCACUUUUCUUUC